AUGCUAGGAGUAUCCCGUUUCACGAAAGUGAGGGACGGGAUUCGAAGUUCUCUCCUACGUCAGCGAUCGAAGAUUAGAGACGCCGCCGCGUUUGCCAAGGGAAGGAAAAUAAGGUGGGCUGGACACGUGAUGCGCUUUAACGAAAACCGUUGGACCAGAGCCGUGAGCGACUGGGUUCCCCGCGAUAUUAAGCGCACUACAGGAAGACCGCCGACCCGAUGGUCAGAUUUCUUCACUAAGUCCUUUAAAGAAAAGUAUGAUGCUCUUCUGUCCCACGCGAAAGGAGGAACCGCUGGGCUACUCUGGCACGCGACCGGGACAAAUGGAAGAAUUACUGGCGCCCGCUCGACCAGUUCGAAGAUCAACGGGAGUCAAGGUGAUCAAGGUGAUCAACAGAUUAUAUGA